AUGACGGUCACCCUCCCACCCGAGCUAUGGAUGCACAUCUUCCGCUUGUCGACCAUCUCUCCGUUGACCUAUCGCCUCCGCGCAACCACCUACCACCCAUUCAAGACUGCACCCCUCAUCGCGCAGGACGAUGUUGAAGCACUCAAGACCAAGUCCGCGCUCAUCCUCGUGUGCAAGCAAUGGCGCGCGCUCGCGCUCGAUCUCCUUUAUGAGGACAUCUCACUCGGCCGCCCCGAGAGGCUGCCCAAGCUCCUCGCUGACAUUAAGGGAGACGAUAUAGACACUCCUGCAAGCGGACGGUGGGUACGCCGUGCAAACCUGCCUUACUCCAGCUCCGCGACAGUGACCCCGCGCCCGCUCGUCGCCGUACGCAUCCUGGAGUCAUGCCCCCGCCUAGAGGUCCUCAUCCGUAUAGGGCCCUUCCGACCCGAAGCCGACCUACGCUUCGAGUUCCCUACGGACUGUCCGCCACUACCCUCAUUGAAGCGGCUCGACUGGUGGCAUGUCAAUGAGGCCGCUCGCUCCGGCGGCAUCAACCGCCUGGGCGACGUCCUGCAAGCCGCGCCGAAUCUCGAGUACCUCUCGCUCGGCGGGUACCUCAUAUUCUGCCACAUGCAGCCUGCAGACAUAUCUCUGCCGCAGCUUACGACGCUCCGCAUCCUGCGCAUGAACGUGCUGUGUGUCGCGCAGACGUGCCGCUGGUCGAUGCCUGCUCUGCGCAACUUGAUUAUCGACACUGUCGAGGAUAUCGGCAUCAUGGACGGCUUCUGGGGGACGUUCGGCGAGCAGAUCCGCACCGUCGAGCUCGGACAUAGUCUCAGCUACUAUGUGUACGACACGCUCUCGUACAUCCUUCCCGGCUGCCCGCGCCUCGAGGUGCUGAACUACUACGUCCACUUCACUGCGGUGCCUACAGCACUGAGCAAGACGUCUAACACGCUCACCACUAUUGGUUUGCAUGCCCAUCCCAAUUUGUUGCUACCUCCGGAAAGCUCGGAAUACUGGAAACGCAUUCAGGACCACUUCGCCAUGCUUUGCGGGCCUUCGUUCUCUGCGCUGAAAAGGGUCAUACUAUAUGGGGCUUGGGACACGGUUAUAGACGACAUCCGAUACCCCUUCUUGAUUCAACCUCUGUUGGACCGUAAAUGUAGUAUCGAACGCGCCUCAGAUUGA